AUGUUCACAUCUGACGAGAUAAUUAAUCGAAAUUCGCACUUUUACAUUAUGGCAGUUCUCUUAUCAUUCUGCAAACUAUUCUUCUCGUGGAAUAAUGUGAACGACACAAAUCUUCUUCAAGUUGACAUGCCGACGAUUAUGUUCAUCACCGAGAUGAUCGCUGUUCCGUUAUCCAUUAUCAAUCCAUCUGCUUGGUUUGCCAUCUUCAUGACCUCUCUUUCGAAUCUUUGCAUUAUCACUGGGUUGCCAACUCUCGGCGUUGCUGUCAUCGCUUUCAUGUUUGUCACGAUUUUCUACAAUGACAUUAGAAAAUGGAAAAAAUCGAAAAGGGACGCCGAAUUGCUCGAAAAAGAAGCACAAUUUAUUUGA